CAAUAUAAACGAUAAACCGCGGGAUUCACUCCCAUACCGAUUGAACGAGCAGUCAGAGUGGGGAAAAAUACGUGGGGAUAAUGGCAAGAUUGUGGGAAGGGUAAAGUCGAGCAAUUAAAAAUCACAACUUGCAUCUUUUAUGCUCAUUUAUUUGUGAACAGAGUGCGAAAUAACAAAAGGGGAAAUGUUAAUUGAAAGAUGAUUACUCUUAGAAGACCUUACUGCUUAGAAGGGGAUCUUGAAGGGCCAGUAUGGGCUUGCAGUAGCUCUGAAACAUUGUAAUUGAACAAGAAUUUACAAAUCGAAUACAUUAUACAAGAUUUUUCAUUGAAGAGAAAAAUUCUUACUCGGACAUUGGGCAGAUGCGUCCACCGAUGUCGAGUGAAUCAAUAUACGCAAUGUCUUCAGGACUCAACUUGAAAUCGAAAACUUGUGAAUUUUCCAGAAUACGUGCCUUUGUGACUGACUUGGGAAUGACGAGGUGUCCUCGAUCGAUCUUAAACAGAGAUAAAUCACAUGACGAAACAACGAGUAAAAACUGACAAAAAGUGUUGAUUGUCACUCACCACUCCCACUCAUAAACAAAAAAAAACAAUAUGAUGUCAGGUGGUAAUAAUUACAAGUUCUACGAAGUUCUCGAGUGUUCUACGGACUGCUCGCAAGACGAGAUAAAACGAGCGUAUCGAAGACUCGCUCUCCUCCACCACCCGGACAAGAGCUCAACGAAUGGCAAAAAAUUCCUGGCUAUCGAGGAGGCCUGGAGGAUCUUAUCAGACCCAGAAUCGAGAAGGAAAUACGACGCAGAGUGCAGACAGGUGGAAUUGGAAUCAGAAAAUAUUUUAGUUCACGAUAGAAUCGGUUUCAAGGACUUGAAGACAGAAGACGAGGAUCUACUGAGUUUUCCCUGUAGAUGUGGCAGUAAUUAUCUCAUUAAUAAGGAUGACUUAAAUGCUGACGAUGAGACUGUUUAUAUUCCCUGCCAGGAGUGCACAUUCUUCAUAGCAAUUGACAGAUGACAAAAUUGUAAUUUAAUAAAUUUGCAAAAGACAAUAAUACGAUUUCAUUGCAAAAUCUCAGAUUUUUUCAUUAAUAUCUGCAAAUCUUGAAUGAUCCCAUUGUUAAUGAUCAAUCACCAUCCAUGAAUUCAAAUAGAAAAUCAAAUACACAUUCAUCGUAGCAUUUAACAAAUGUCGAAAAUUAUAAUUCAAUGAAAUUGUAAAAAAAUGACACAAUUUCAUUGCAUUAUUCGUCAAAUACUAUUUAAUAAUUACCCAUGAAUUGAUAAAAAACCUCAAAUAAAUCUCCCUCAAAAUUUACUGCACAAACACCCACAAUAUAAAAAAAAAUCAAUGAUUUAUUCAACUAAUGGCGAUGUAACUACAAAAUAAUUAUCAAAUCGACAUAAUGAAAUGAAUGAAAAUGAAAAAAUCUUCAUCGCCAAAAUGCAGCAACAUUUUCUAUUUCUUAUAAAAAAUGAUACAACAGAUAACACAUUAUAGUAAUAUAAACUAUUGAGCAAUAUACAAAUAAAACGCGAUCAUUGGUACAACCACGUGCCAAUAAAUCAUCUAAUCGAAAAGAUGUUAUCCAUUCUCCACAUCCUCCAACACAUGCACAAAAUAAUUAAAUUAUAAAAGAAGUAAAUCAUAAUUCUUCUAUCAGUCGAUUUCACAAACAAAAGUGUCUAAAAAAAACUUAUGGUGUGUAUGUGUGAGUGUAUUGCACAUUAAAUUUAUUAAAAUGGACAGUUGAAUCUUGAAUUAUUGGCACGUGGAAUUACUGAGAUGUUCAGUUUUACUUUUUCUCCAUUUAAUUAUGAUAAUUUCGCUUCUGUUCUGUACUGUUAUUUUCUGUUCAAAAAAUCAUUAUUUUAAAUUUCAUAUUGUUUGUCUGAAUGAACACGAGGUAAUCGAUCAUUGAACAUCGAUUAAGAGAUUGCUGAUUCAGCUUGGCCAUUUACAGUGUGAAAAUUACUCUUAAUUACUUCUCUCUAUCAGAAUAUUCGUCACUAAUUUUCACACACUUCAUCAUCGUUCAGUUUCUCCUUUUUUUGCAUUAUAUACAAUGACAUUUCAUUCGACGCACAAUUCAGUCCACUGACCCACCAACAAUAAACGCGUGUCGCAAUUUAUUUCCCCUACUCUUGUAAAAGAAGCUCGCUGAUUAAUUAUUAUUACAAAUUACAUUUGUUUUCUUCCUUUUCAUUAAUCAUUAGAAUCUUUAGGAUUAUAAUUAUUGCGACUGUCACGCACACGGGGGGGAGGGGGCAAAUUGUAUAUAAAAAUACCAUAAUUACGUAUGCAUGUGCCUAAUUUGUCGUAGAACGACUGAAGUAGUUUUAUUACUUCCCACGUGAGAAGAUUCUUGUAUUUUUUUCUCAAUUUUAAUGAUUGUGAUUCUGAAUUUAUUUGGAAAGAGAACCACCAGGCAGGAGUUAAUUAUUUAAUUAGACCUUCUUUAAUGAUUUUGAAAUUAAUUUUCUGUUUGGCAUGAAUAAAUCUGCUAUUACGAUAGUAAAAAAUAUUUUUAAAAGACGUAAAUAAAUUUAGUUGAAGGAUUUUCUCUAAUUUCAAUUGAUUUGAUUAAUGGAUAAAUGAAUAGAUAAGCUGCUUCACUUUGAUUUCAUUAAUUAAAUUUUCUAAGAGUCUUUAUCAAUUCAUACGUCAUUCUCGGGGGGCUUUAAGUGGACGAAAUAAAUCACAACUUUGUCCCAAUGUACCUAAGAAACAUGUUCCAUCUCUCUCACUCCUCCAUUACCUUUUCACAUUUUAAAAAAGGAAUCUCUCGUGUGCAGUCUUAUCACAAAUCAGACCAUAAUAAUAAUACAUGAAACAUUGUACAAGUA